AUGAAAUUCAUGUUUCUAAAUUCAACGUACUCUUAUUAAUGGGUUGCAAGAGGAAGGAAGAAUUCUAUUUAAAAAAACCGAGCGUCAUCUACCUCCAGAUUCAAUUAGAAGUUCGAAGACCCUAAAAUGGCAGAGCCCACUGCUCGGUAAGCAGGAUGCAGGGUCUAGGGGUUGAGGUGGGCUAGAGAUAAAGGAUCUAUCUCCUCAACAUAGGGGGAGGUAAUUUCGUUCUUGAAUUUCUCUCGCAACAAUUAUUGCUCAGCGAAAUGGCAGCAGUAGUGGUAGUGACUCAACUAUUGUGCCGGCCACCGUCGUGGAACGCCGGGCGCCCACCGGCGGCAGUCCGAUUAACCACCAAAUGCUCAUUAAGCAAACAAGGCCAGCGCUUCCUCUCCUCCCUAGCCAUCGCCGCCGACGAUGACGCCGCCGCCAAUCGCUUAAUCUGUAAAUUCGUAGCUUCUUCUCCCAAAUCAGUAGCUCUCAACGCCCUCUCCCAUCUGCUCUCCCCCGCCACCGCGCACCCCCACCUCUCCUCCCUCGCCCUCCCUCUAUACUGUAGAAUAACCGAGGCUUCAUGGUUCAGCUACAAUCCGAAGCUAGUUGCAGACGUCGUGGCUUUGUUGUACCAACACCACCGAUUGAACGAAGCCGAAACCCUAGUUUACGAAGCAGUUUCGAAACUAGGAGAUCGGGAACGAGAUCUAGCUCUCUUCUACUGCACUCUGAUCGAUUCUCACUCCAAGCAGGGCUCGAAACGAGGGUUUUUCGAUUCUUACGAGCGGUUGAAGCAACUGGCGUCUAGUUCUUCUUCCGUCUAUGUAAAGCAACGAGCUUUUGAAUCGAUUGUCAAAUGCCUCUGCGUUUUGGAUCUGCCUCGCGAGGCGGAGAGUGUGAUGAAGGAGAUGAGAAGCUCGGGGCUCAAAACGUCAGUGUUCGAGUUCAGGUCUGUCGUGCACGCUUACGGGAAAUUAGGGUUCUUCGAGGACAUGAACAGAAUCAUAUCCCAAAUGGAAAACGAAGGGUUUGCAAUGGACACAAUCUGCUCAAACAUGAUUCUCUCAUCAUACGGAGUCCAUAACAGGCAGUCUGAAAUGGUUAAGCAGCUUCGAAGAAUGAAGGAUUCAGGCAUUCCCUUCUCGAUCAGGACCUACAAUUCGGCCUUGAAUUCCUGCCAAGCAAUGUCAUUAAAGCUUCAAUAUCCCAAGAACCUUCCUCUUUCGAUCGAACAAUUGGUGGAGACUUUGAACGGCGGCGAGGCUAUGCUAGUUCGGGAGCUGGUGGAUUCGUCGGUUUUGGCGGAUGCAAUGGAAUGGAAUUCGUCGGAGGCGAAGUUGGAUUUGCACGGAAUGCAUUUGGGGUGUGCUUAUUUGGUGAUUCUGCAGUGGGUAGAGGAGGCGCGGAGGAGGUUCAGAUCCGGGAAAUGGAUGGUUCCCGCGGAGGUGACGGUGGUUUGCGGGUCGGGAAAGCACAGCGUUGUGAGAGGGGAGUCGCCGGUGAAAGGGUUGGUGAGGGAAAUGAUGGUGCGGAUGAAGAGUCCGAUGAGAAUUGACAGGAAGAACAUAGGGUGUUUCGUUGCCAGAGGCGAGGUUGUGAAACAGUGGUUAUGUUGAUUUUGAAACACUGUUCAUGGGACAGCUCCCUAAUUAUAUUAAUUAAUUGGGUUUUAAAAAUUUAUAAAUAAAAAUAAUUGCUACUAAGAGAAAAGAGCACUGAACAUUUUUCCAAA